AGGUACAGCAAAGUGAGUUUCAGCAGUGGAAUGAGGGUUUGAGUGUGAAUAGAGGAAGAUUGAGAAAAGUAUUCCGAAAUCAUGCUUGGACUAAAAUAAAUGGAGUACUAGUUGCAGAAUAUGAAGAAGUUUUAAAACUUUUAAAAUAAUCUCCAUUUAUUUCCAGAAUUCAUCACAAAUUAUGAAAUAAAGUCUCUUCUCAAAAUGAAAAAGAAAGAAAAUAGAGAACUCUUAUCUUUUGAUGAGGUUGAAUCCCUCCUUCACUCUAUAUGGAAUAAAAUAAAACAGAAGGAAAGAGAUGAGCCUCAAUCUCCAUCUAAAGGAAAGACUCGUAAAUAAAGUAGAUUUGAUAAAGCAUAUGUCGAAAGCAUGUAAGGAGAGCUAUCUCUUCUCAUUAAUAACAAAUGAAGAGAGGGUCAUCAGAAAAAAAUCAAAUGCACGCAGUAAAUCAAGGAACCGCUCUAGAGACAGGUCACAAAGAAAAAUAUUCAAAAUUCCAUCAAUGAAGAAAUUUCAGAAUGAAAGAAAGCUGAUUGACAACAUGGAGCCUAUUCAUACCCAGAUUGAUUUAACCUCGAAGGGAUUUAAAACUCCCAGCAACAAUAAGUCUAUUAAGAAAGAGUUGGAAGAAAGCACCGGGAUAUUCACUACCACUCAGAACUAUAUCGAGCGAGACCAGUUUGAAGAAUCCAGACAGGAAAUCAUGAAUAACAAAACUCUUAGUGGUAUGAAGAAGAGGUCGAGGUCGCAUAAAAGAGCGCCUAAGGAGCAUAUCCCCAAACCAGAUAAUACUAGAAAUAUGAAUAACCGACAAGUCAACACUUAUAAAAGACCAAGAAGAAUCAAGAGAGAGAGAUCCCCAAAUGUUACUUCUAUCGCUAUGGAUAACCAAUUGAAAAUGGCACUUAAAUUAUUAGGAAAUAAGGCUCAUUACAGAAGCCCUCAGAAGCAAAAACUGGAGAAGAGAGAAAGUAUUCCUAAAAAUUAUAAAGCUGGGAGCCAAGGAAUCGCCAAGCGCAAGAGGUCAUGUCCUGGCGUUGAUAGGAUACAAAGGGACAAUAAAAUCAGAGAUAAAAAAGGGUCAGUUGAGAGAGUCCAAUCGUCAAACAAUAUAUCGACUCUUCAACAUUUCUCUAAGAACCAAAAUAAAGCAAAAUUUGCUAAGAAGAGAUCAUUAGAGCCAAAGCUGAGACAUCAAACCGAGAAAUUUCCGAAUUCUACCAAAGCUCAGCUGCUAAAGAGACAUAAUUUCUUGAUGUAUGACAACCCCUUAGUUGACGCUAAGAGGAAGAACAUGAAUAAGAAAUUUGACAACUACACAAGAGAUCAACAAGAACCAGAAAACUUCGAAGUUCGUAGUAAAGGAGGGAAAUACACCUAUAUCGACCUAGAAGAUAGCGACCAAGAUGAUGGACCCCCUCAAAAGUCUACCAAGUCCAGGAAGGUAAAUGAGAUUAACAAGACAGAGCUUAAGGGAAGAAUGAAUAUUUUUAAGAAUCCUAGCUUGAAGGUUAUAUCACAAAAGGAGAGUCCUGAAGAGAAAGUCAAAAUUAACACUUUAUUCUCUAAUUUUCAAGCAAAUGCUAAUACUGAAGAUACGAAUAGAUUCAUGAACAACAGAUAUCGCCCUACUGAUCUUGAGUCCGGUAUGAAUGAUUGCAGUAUAAGGCUUUCAAUGACAGAUUCUGAAAAUUUCCAAAAUGAGAAAUUUGAACCCCCUGUUGAUGUUUCUGAGGAGGUAAUAGACCACCAUUCUCAGUAUUCUUCCAACCAGAGGUCAAAGUCUCGUAGUAAGAAUGCUGUAAAAGUACCGAAGUUUACUUACAAAAGUCAGAUCCCUACAAAGAAGAAUAGAUAUGAGAGAUCUUCCUCAUCAGAGGAGAACUUAGACAUCAGUGAGGAUCCUGAUGGCCACUGUAUGCAACUAGUCUCAAGAAGUAUCAUGAAAGAAGAGUUUAAGUUCAGGUAAAAUAUUUCGAAUUUUCAAUCCUUAUCUACUUG